AUGAAAUAUAAAAUUGCUAUUUCCGAACCAAGUGAAGCCAUCGAUCCUCUCGUCACUAAUUUAUCUGCCUACAUCGCCAAGAGUAAACGUGCACUUAUCGUCACAGGCGCAGGGAUCUCUUGUAGUAGUGGCAUUCCAGACUUUCGAUCGGCCGAUGGUCUCUACAACUUAGUAAAGAAAAAACACCCCGAUAUAGUUUUACGUGGACAGGAGCUCUUUGACGCGACCCUUUUCCGUAAUGAAAAGACCAUUCAAUGCUUUUAUACAUUUAUGGCCGAAUUAAGGUCACUCAUUUCCAAGGCCAAUCCAACCAUCACGCACGAGUUUAUUCAAACCUUAACCAACAAGGGUCAAUUAUUACGCUGUUAUACACAGAACAUUGAUUUCUUAGAAGAGGAUCUAGAUAUCCCUACCAUUCAAUUACAUGGCACCAUGAAGGAAGUCAAAUGUACGCUCUGCUCAUCCAAUUACGAAUUUACUGACGCAUACGAAAAAAUGUUCCGUGCGGGGGAGGCACCACCAUGCCCCCGCUGCGUGUCUAUAGAUGCUGAAAGAACAAGACUUGGUAAGCGACAAUUAGCGGUAGGCACACUUCGUCCUGCUAUUGUUCUUUAUAAUGAAAAUCACCCCAAUGGAGAUACAAUUGGUCAGCUGCAGGUUAGUGAUUUAAAGAAGAGACCUGAUCUAAUGAUUGUGAUGGGUACUUCUUUGAAAAUUCCUGCUCUCAAGAAAUUUAUCAAGCAAGCAGCACGUAUCAUUCAUGAAAAGCCUGGUGGAUGUGUGGUAUUUGUGAAUCGUACAAGCCCUGCUAAAGAAUGGGAUAAUGUGUUUGACUAUGAAGUAUUGGGUGAUUCUGAUGAAUGGGUGAAAAUGACAAAUAAAAAGAUGGCCAAUGAAAAAUUAAUGACGCAAACAGCAAAUAGACUUCGACGUUGCGUGAAGGAGCAAGACGAUGAUGAUGACGAAGAAGAAGAAAAGGAAAAUAAAAAGCCUGCACGUAAAACAAAGUCUAAAAAAGAGUCUCCUUCUUCCGCCUCUACCAAGACCUCCAGUUCAAAACGGGCACCACUUAAGAGAACGUUAUCAAAAUCACAAACAACGCUUCAAGAUUUCCGUGUCACAAAACGUCGUGCAUGUACACAAAAGGCCGGCAAAGCUGUGUAG